ACUACAAAAUCAGCCAAACAACAAAAAAAACCGUUUCGACCGCUAACAAAUAUAUCAUCCAUCUCUCGACUUGACUCAUUCCCAUUCCCAUUUCCAUUCCGGUUGACCGUGUCGCGCCUGCAGCAUGUCUGAAAAGCCGACUGUUCUGAUUUUGGGUGGCUGCGGCUUCAUCGGACGCAACUUGGCCACUUAUCUGCUGGACAAUGAACUGGCGCAGGAAAUACGGCUGGCCGAUAAGACCCCUCCCCAGAUGGCCUGGCUGAACGAGGAGCAGGCGCGGGUCUUCGAGAGCGAUCGGGUGGAGUUCUGCAGCGCCAACCUAAUAAACGCCGCCUCUUGCAAGGCGGCCUUUGCGCCACACCCCACGACCGGAAGGGUCUGGGACAUUGUGAUCAACUGUGCGGCCGAGACGCGUGCCAACCAGGACGACGCGGUCUACAAGGAGGGCAUCCUCAAGCUCAGCCUGAACUGCGCCAACGAGGCGGCCAACCAGCGGGUCAAACGCUACGUGGAGCUCAGCUCCGGAUGCGUGAACAGCAGCGAAAAGACGGCGCUCAAGGAGGACUGCAAGUUGGAUCCCUGGACGGGCGUGGCCAGGCAGAAGCUGAAAGUGGAGAAGGAGCUGGCCAACAUCGAUGAUCUCAGCUACACGGUCGUCCGUUUGCCCGUGGUCUAUGGCAUUGGCGAUAAGCGCUAUUUGAUGCCGCGCAUUAUAAUCGCUGCCAUUUACAAAUACCUCAACGAGACAAUGAAGCUGCUGUGGAACGAUGCCAUGCGUUUGAAUACGGUGCACGUAGCGGACGUGUGCGCGGCCGUUUGGCAAUUGGCUCAGAGUCCCAAGACCGCCGGCCAGAUCUACAAUAUCUGCGAUGAUUCAGCAUCGACGCAGGGCAGCAUUAGCAAUCUACUGGUGGAUAUUUUCGACAUCAAUUUGGACUUUUUCGGACUGGUCAUGUCGAAUUUGGCAAAGCUCUAUCCCACGGACACCGUUGGCGAGAUCAACGACAAGCACAUGGCACCCUGGGCAGAGAUUUGCCAGCGCAACGGCAUCGACAACACCCCGCUGACUCCCUACCUCGAUGAGGAGCAGCUGCAGCACAAGCACCUCUACUUGGACAACACGAAGCUGAAAGACUUUGGCUACGUGCUGCAGCAUCCGAAGGUCACGCGCGAGCUGCUUAUGGAGAUGAUCAACGACUAUGUGAAGCAGCAAUUGUUUCCCAAAUCUUUGGUUCUUUGAUUCGCUACUCAACUCCUAAAAGAAAAGAUUGCACAACGUUGAC